ACACACGACGACAUCUGAAUACAACGCAGUCAGGCACAACCCACAACAUCGGCAUUCUUUCGAGAACUAUAUAUAUUCAAAAUCAAUAAUGUUGGUCUUGAUUAUUGUUGCUAUGGUGACAUCCACCGUUACAGCACAGGAUACACAAGCAGGAGCAUCGUUUACUACUGAGACUCUCUUCAAAUCCAUGUGCAAACAAGAACGGAAUUUGUCCUUCAGUCUACCGUACAGUGAAAUCUCGAGUGUCGCAGACACCCUAUUAGGCGUUCGUUUCUACUACACAGAUGCCUGUCAAUACGAGGAUAAGUCCGUAGAGUCCAGUUUGGCAGAUUAUAGUGAAAUUAUAUCGGUUGGAAGUAAUGCAACUGGCACCGUUGAGGGUGAUAUCACAUUACCAGCAGACACGGCCAAAUGUGACCAGUACACCUGUCUGUGUGCAGUGCUUAAAAUGAAAACAGACUCUAAUCCAGACAAUGAUGAUGCUUGUGUUAUGUUAACAGAGGACCCGACCGAUGCUCCUGCUGAAAACACGGAUGAACCUGACGACCAAGAUGGCGACAAGUGUUCUGCAAACAUCAAUAUAGCAGGUUGUACAUUUUUGGCGUGUAUGCUGGUUGUUAUAGAAUGGCUGUAUUAAACCCCCCUCUACGGUGACUACGAUGAUUAAAUCACUAUAGGACAACUACAGUGUUACUUAUUAACAAGAUAAUAUCAUUUUGCUCGCUCUUCAAAAUGUUUUGAUAAUAUUUUCUUCAUAUUUUAAUAUGUUUCUUUCUUUGUAAAAACAUUUCAAAUAAUUGACAUAUAAUUUAGUGGGGUUUGCAAGGUUUAAACCUUUUAAUUCGGGUCGAACUGCUGUAACCCGAGUUUUAAUAGGAG